CGAACCUUGAACCUUCAUCUCCAGUAACGGAGCUAUGCAGACCGCUCGGGAUCCGCUCUUUGUUCCCAUCCCUCGCGGCCUGCCCUUCCCCUCGACUCCCCGGAUGACUGAUUGCCUGGUUACAGAUUAACCCCCUCAGUACUUUCAGUCGCUGUCAUACUCUUGCAACCAACCAAGCUGCGAACUCUAUGACACACCAUCUGCCCGAGGUGUACAUUUGGCUUCUCGAGUGAAACUGUCCCCAUUUCCUGUCGCAUCUGUCGCACUGCCCGAGCCGUUCGUGUUUCCUGUACUACUCUCGUACUUGCACCGUGCUACUGCGACAGGGGAGAUCUCCGCAACCGUUCACCGAUCUUGGCUUCCGAUCGCCGCCAUGACCUCUUCCCCGUGCGAGGAGCAUGAUGACCCUGCAGCCUUGGGUCCUUCCGCCUCUCCGGACACUCUGCCACUUCCCCAUCUUCCCGUGCAACUCCCACACCAUAGCCAUGGCGAUGACGAUAUGGACCGCGAUUCCGCCUACGGAGAUGAUUCCCUGAUCGGAGAUGAUACGGUGACCCUGUCGACCUACAUCACCGACUACCGAUACGAGAAUGGCCGUCGGUACCACUCCUACCGUGAUGGCGCGUACUGGGGCCCAAACGAUGAUUUAGCCAACGAGCUCCAGAAUGUGGCCCAUCAUAUGUACCUCUUGACUCUCGACGGGAAGCUGCACCUAGCCCCGAUCGACAAUCCACAGGAAAUCCUUGACGUGGGCACGGGAACGGGAAUUUGGGCAGGAGCCAUGGCAGAUGAAUUCCCCAGUGCCAAAGUAACCGGGGUGGAUCUGUCCCCAAUCCAGCCAUUGUUCAACCCUAUAAACUGCAUCUUCGAGGUUGACGACGUGACCCUUCCUUGGACCUACCCAUCGAAUCAUUUCGACUUCAUCCACGUGCGGGAAUUGUUUGGCUCCAUCCCCGACUGGGACGAGUUUUUUCGGCAGUGCUGGCGCUGCCUGAAGCCUGGGGGCUACAUCGAGGUUGUGGAACAUUCCGUCGAGCCAAUCGCGGAUGACGGGAGCAUGGCUCCGGAUCAUUUCUACCAUGUCUGGGGAGAAACCGCCGUCGAUGCCGGGGAACAAUUCGGCAAGACCUUUCUGAUAUGGGAACGGAGUGCCACACAUCUUCGAGACGCUGGCUUCGUUGGAGUGGUGGAACACGGGUUCAAGUGGCCGAUGAACGGAUGGAGCAGCGAUCCCAAACUACAUGAGCUCGGUCGCUGGAAUCAACUCCGAUUGCACAGCGGACUAGAAGGCUAUCUGCUCCGCCUUCUAACCACCGUGCUGCAAUGGUCGUACGAGCAGACCCAGGUUUUCCUCGCCCACAUGCGCAAUUCCCUCCGCGACUAUGACACACAUGCCUAUUUACCAGGAACGGUCGUCUACGCUCGCAAGCCCGAUAGCGCGGCACUUCUGCACAACUCUCACCAACAACACCAACAACCGCAUUCGUGAUUUCUGACCGCACCGCAUGAUACCAUUUUUCUGAGCGCUAUACCCAUCCUUGAUGCACCAUGCCCGCAACGAAUCACGAGUUUCCUUCCGGGCUAUCUACACCCGGUCAUGUCUGUGGGUUGUUCGGUAUUUUAUUUUUCGAAGGAAAAGGUGGAUUCUCUCGCUUUUGUGUACGAUUCCAAGCAUAGAAUAACCCGUUAUUAAACAAAGCCCUCGACUGAAAUCGUCCCAGAUAGGACGUGACCUCCAUGCAUCCUUCCGAGAUCCUAUGUACAAGUCCC